GGUGAGAGGUGAGGGGUGAGAGCUCCUCACAAUCUGUCAUGGCGAAUGAUGGAGCAGCGACUUGGGCUUUGCUGUGACUCGCAGCUCUGGCUGUAACGGACGGAUCGCCGAGCUGCAGGCGGCAGGACACCGGGGCAAGAAGAUUGAAACAAAUCAUAAUUCAAGGAGGCCCAAUGUGGACAGUUGUAGUAACUGGACCCUCUGCACCUCAGAUGACAUCAUGUCUUACUACAAUGAUGAGCCUCGAUACACCAUUGAACAAAUUGAUCUUCUCCAGCGCCUGCGCCGAUCCGGAAUGACUAAACAUGAAAUCAUUCAUGCACUUGAAACAAUGGAACGCCUUGAUCAGGAACAAAAUGAAAAGUUUGUUAGGCGGCCCAACUACGGUAGUAACUAUGGCAACAAUGUUUCUGCAUCCUCUUCAACUGCUUCUGCUGCUACACAAACACAAAGUAUUGCGCAAUCACCCUCACCUAGUAAUAGCUACGACACAUCGCCUCCGCCCUACAAUGCAAGCCACACUGGACGAGAAAGCAUGGCGAGCGAGAGACUUGUUGCCAGCGGAACAUUAUCUCCGCGGUACCAGAACAGUGGCAGUCAGAGAUCAUAUAGUUUUGACACAGGAGAUGAUGAUGCAGACUUGGAGGAGAAGGUGGAGGAGUACAUGAGAAGAGACAGCAAUGCAGUAAAAGAAGAAAUCAAAGCAUUUUUAGCCAAUCGGAGGAUUUCUCAGGCCGUGGUUGGGCAAGUCACAGGUAUUAGCCAAAGUUACAUAUCUCAAUGGCUGUUGCAGCAGGGUCUUGAUAUGAGUGAGCCCAAGAAGAGGGCAUUUUAUAGGUGGUAUCUUCUAGAAAAAAAUAGUCCAGGAGCAACUUUAAGUAUGAGGCCUGUUUCAACCACAACAACAGAAGAUCCUGAAUGGCGAUCAAAUGUCAGCCCGGUGACUGGAAACUUUCGUCUCAGAAGAGGAAGUAGAUUUACCUGGCGCAAAGAGUGCCUGUCUGUCAUGGAAAGUUAUUUUGGUGAAAAUCAGUAUCCGGAUGAGGCAAAACGUGAGGAAAUUGCAAACGCUUGCAAUACAGUAAUACAGAAACCAGGUAAAAAACUAUCAGAGUUUGAGCGAGUUACUCCUCUGAAAGUGUAUAACUGGUUUGCCAAUCGUCGGAAGGAGAUGAAGAGAAGAGCAAACAUAGAAGCAGCAAUCCUGGAGAGUCAUGGGAUUGAUGUGCAGAGUCCUGGUGGACAUUCCAAUAGUGAUGACAUUGAGGUCAACGACUACUGUGAGCAAGAUGAAAAUACUUGUCAUAGUGACCAUCAGCAAGAUCCUAUCUCUUUGGCUGUUGAAAUGGCAGCUGUCAAUCAUUCAGUCCUAGCUUUGGCUGGCCAGGGUGGAAGCGAGAUCAAGACAGAAGCAAUCGACGAUGAUUGAACGCUAAAGAGGAACCAAAUGUUUGGAUCUGACAGACCUUCCAAAAGAGACAAUUCUGCCAAUUUCCACUUCCCCAGAAGCAAGCUGUGUGUAAUGAGAAGUGAAAACCAUUCACUGUUGCAAUGAUCUCAUAAGUUUUAUUAUAAUUUUGCCGAUAUUUAAGGUCUGUAACUGCAGUACCAUUCUUUAAUUGUUUUUUUUUAAACUGUAUGUAGAGUGUUACAAACAUGAAUCCAGUCUCAAAUUUGAUGUUUUAAAAAAAAAAAGCUAACGCAUGCUUUAUUAGGGGUGGCGCAUUGAUGCAGCUGGUAGACCUGCCAGAGACGCAGGUUCGAUCCUGACCUUGGGUGCUAUCUGUGUGGAGUUUGCACGUUCUCCCCGUGGCCACGUAGGUUUACUCCAGGUGCUGCAGUUUCCUCCCACAUCCAAAGACGUGUGGGUGUGUAGGUUGCUGAUUGGCCUCUGUAAAUUGCCCCCUGUAAAUUGCCCCUAGUGUGUCAGCUGUGGAUACGAAAGUGGCAUAAUAUAGAACUAAUGUGAAUGGUGGUCAGAGUGGACUUGGAGGGCCGAUGGGCCUGUUUCCAUGCCGUGUCCCUACACUAAACAAAAUGGAGAUAGAUCAAACAAUGCAAAGUGUUCGCAAGCUGUUUGCUUACGAUCUCCCCAUGCUGGAAGAAACUUCUCAAUGGCACAGAGGUUUUGAUAGAUUUGAUACUCAGUGCAUCUUCUAACAAAUCUCUAAAACAGCAUCGUUUUUAAAUUGUGUUCUUCUGGCAUUUUGGAAAUUGGUGGUCAAUGCAGCAAUGGCUGCAUCUACCACAGAGCCACGUGGGGAUUGCCAUGUACACCAGGACAGUUCCAUUUUACUAUUAAAAUUCAUCUCUGUAGUGUUGACUGAGGCAUGCUAUCCAAGAAAUAGUAAGAGUCAUACGGCACAGAAAUAGGCCCACCGGCCAAACUCGUCCAUACUGACCAAGGUAGCCCAUCUAAGCCAGUCCCAUUUACCUGCAUUUGGCCCAGAUGCGUCUAAAUGUUUCCUAUCCAUAUCUAAAUGUUUUUUAAACACUGUUAUUGUACCUGCCUCAACUGCUUCCACUGGAAGCUUGUUCCAUAUACCCACCACCCUUUAAGUGAAAACGUUGCCCCCAAGGUUGUUAUUCAAUAUUUCCUCUUAAUGUACUCACCCUAUUCUUUUCAUGAUUUAAUACAUCUCUAUAAGGUCAGGUUGCAAGUGGCACUGUUGUAUUUUCCCAUUGAGGUGCCCAAUGACUUAAGAUGAACACCAAAUGGGAUAGAUGUCUGGAUGAACAUUGAUAACAUUGAGGAUUGUCAGAUUCAAACUUUGUGCCCAUUUGUAACUGGAUGCCUACAGAACAAGAAACCUAGGUAACUCUGUAGCUUUGCAAUGCUGCAAAACGUGCUUAAGCAGAUCUUUUAAGUUUGUGAGGCAGUAUUCCGUAUCUUCCAAAGUUAAGGUUGACGGGAAAUUUGACUGGUUCUGAUCACUUUACUUCAAGUUCAGUAUUUGUUUAUGUCCUCUUGAGGAAUAACUGCUGUCCCCUUUAAGUGUGUGUCACUGAGGAAAGCCUCGGAGAAAUAACGUAAAAUCCUCAGAAUGUUUUAAAUGCAUAUCACAGACAUUUGAAUGCCUGUCAUAGCCGUGGAGUCAAUUCUCAAUGGUGAUUCACAAGCAUUCCUGCUUCAUAUGAAGUAGUUUACUAAAAAAUAUUAUCACCAUGGGCUCACAAAAUUACCAUAGAAUCUGGAAACAAGCUGGUCUAGUCCCAGUCUAUAAUGAUGCUGGUUGCUAAGCUAAUAACAACCUAGAUCUGUCCUUGUGUGUUGCUGCUAGGAUAAUGGCUUCAGUAUUUAACCUGCAUAAACUAAUUUAUUGUUAUGCCACGACACUGGGGAAAAAAGUAUAAUAUUCAGUGAUAGGACUUCUUAAGUCUUAUUUUGAUUACCAGAGUCAGUAUUCAAGAUCGUCUCCCCUUUAGAUUGAUGCUGCACAAUUAACACUUCAACUAAUUUCAAUCAUGUAGGUAAAGUAUUACGAUGGUCCUUAUUAAUUUCUGACACUUAUUACAUUUCUAGACUGUCUCAGCUUAGUCUCCAUUUUGCCGUGGGUUAUUCUGGUUCAUUCAUAGUGCUGAAUGUUGCCUUCAUCAUGUUGUAAUUAAUGCUUUAGCAUUUAAACAUUGACCAACUUAUACAAUGACAGAAAAUGCUGGAUCAGGAUCAGGGAGCACUGGGAGAGAGAAAGAGUGAAUAUUUCAGAUAGAUUACUUUUCAUUUGAACAAGGAAAAGGUUGGAAACAACCAUUUUCCAGUUGCGGAGAGGAGGGUUUCUGACUUCCUAUUUCUGAUGAAAGGUCAUUGGACUAAAUCAUUAUUUCUCUCUCCACAGCUGCUCCCUGACCUAUCGAGUAGUUCCAGCAUUGUUCAGAAAUCCACAUCUGCAAAUUUAUGGCUUUUCAGACAUUUAUUUUGCCGUUAUUAUAACAUGGCAUUUUAUUGUAUGCAGUCUUAAAGAGGCUUCUAACUCAUUUUUGUCAUGGAUUUAAAUCCUUAUGAUGACACAAAAUAUAACACAACAAAACAUAACACACAAAUAUUAAUAAUUAUACUUUCUAUCUACAAGGACGCUAAGUUUUGAUCACCAUUAAUUGACGGGUAAAGAAAAUUAAAGUUUUAAACAGAAUCAUACACAUCAAUCAUAUACUUGGUAAAAGAGGAUGGGUGAUCAGUAAUGUAUGAUAUUGCAGUUCACAAGAUAUGAAUUCACUUGUGGAUUUUAAUAAAAAUGACAUUUUGUAAUUUUUUAGGAUUAAUAGCCUAUCAGCAAUAAUGCCCAGGAUUAAAGUAUAACAGGAAUCAACAUUUAUUCUCAAGGCAUGCUUCACCACCAUAAAUGUUACCACGGGGACAAAGUUAAGAUCAGAGUUAAAUCUAAUUGUAUACAAAUAUUCAUAUCAGCUCUUUCAAUUAAAACUCGAACAUUUAAAUGCAUCAAACUAACAUAGGAUUACUGCAUUAUUCAGUGUGAUAAGAUCAUGAGUACUAACUCUAAAUCCAGAAGAUGACAACAGUCAAUAUUUUUACUGCAAAUUAUACCUUCAAUCUGACAGAUUUAUCAACAAGAACUUGCAAUAAACUGCUAAAUGUCACCUAUGAUACAGCGAUUCAGAUCCAAUAGGAAAUGAUUUUGUGAUCAAGACCUAUAGGGUUCUGGCAUCUGGAUUAAAACAAUGGCAAAUUUUCAAUUCAUUAUUAAUUUUAUAGAACCGCUCGGAUUAAAAAUAAUUGAUGUCACUAAAUUAAUUAAUAAUCCAUCUUGGUCAACAAGUAUAUUCAAUCUUUGUUUGCUAACCAUUCCGUGGAUUCGGUACAUCAAAUGGUCGAUGAUCUGAAUGGUUGUCUUUUGAAGAAUUAUCUUGAUUGGAUCAGAAAUAUCAGUUGUCUAUAUGUGUGUCAGCUGCAAUGUUGUGUCCCAAUGAGCUUCUUCAAAAUAGGCAAGGACAAAACCAACAUCUGUUUUAUGCUUAGGUAAAGAAGUUGUUUUGUAAAAUUAUUUCUGGAUUAACCACUCAAUUGUUUUUUUCAAUGUUUAGAAAUACACAAACUUCCAGGCAGCAUACAAUGUAAGAAGGGCAAAAUAUGUUUCUUUUUUAAAGCACUAAUAAUUUAUACAUCUCUAUAAGAUCAACAUUUGCAAAAAAAAAACAAAAAACAAACAGCUGGAGGAGCUCUGUGGGUCAGGCACCAUCUGUGGAGGCACAGGGAAGGCCAACUUCUCAGGUUAUCCCACUGCCUCCAAGAUGCGGCCUGACCACUGAAUUCCUCCAGCAGCUUUUUUUUUUCUUAGGAAAUUGUAUUUUUAUAAUCUACUUCACGUCCUGGCAUGCCAUAGUGCUUUGCAGUCACUUAACUAUUACUAAACUAAAUCACAAUUGUAUUAUAUGCUAAAACAUGAAAUGUAUAUGAAGAUCCCAUAUGUAACUGCGGGAUGAAUGACCAGUUCAUUCAUUUUUAGUAGCAUUGACUGAGGGAAGAAUGUGGAUCAAUACACCAAGUAGCAACAAUUCCUUUCUUUAAAUACUAUGAUGAGAUCUUUUCCACGAGCUGACAGAUAGGACAGGACUUUGGUUCAACAGCACCUCAGAUAAUGCACUUAACAUCUGUAAUCCUGUUUGCCCCACAGUGAAAUUUCACUCAAGAGUUACCACUGAGCCAAGUAAAUAAUAUUAAUUGCACUGAUAUAGAUAAGUAUUUAAAAAAUGGGUAUAUCAUAAUGCACGACAGCCAAUUUCAAGCACCAGUUUGUUAAGCGUUGAAGCUUGUACGAUUGGUUAUGUAUUUUUAAGGAUUCCUCGGAGUGAAACGAGCACCCUCUGGUGUCUUGUAUUCAUUUUGCAGGCACACAUUUGAAAUAUAUUUAACCAUCCUUUUUGGAUGAAUUCUCACACCUUUUGCAAAUAUGAUAUUUCCUACUGGAAGUAUCUUUUAUUCCCCGUUUUACAGUUAUAUAUAUUUCCUAACACGGAAAAUAACAACUUGAAUUUGUUGAGCAAUUAAAUUGCUGGAGCAAUUAAAAUUAAACUUCAGAUUUUCCCAUACCCUGCAUCUUCCCUUUUUUAUUUUGUUGUUAAAAGUUAAUUUCCAGGAACAUUGUAUUCCACUAUUAGACAUCCUAUACUAUUCAGAACCAUGAAAUCUUUUAGCUUAAUAGACAGUUUAGUUUUUUUUUCUGUCCAUAAAAGUCCCUCAUUGUAAAGAACACAAAAUACCAGCUGUUGUGAUGCUUGGCUAUUGAAUUGAAAGUGUAUAUUUUUAAAGAUGAAGGAAGAAUUAAUUAGUUAAAGCGGAAACGGAUCCGUUCAUGUGCAGUUAAUUGAUUUCAUAUGGGUUUGGUAGGUUUGGUAAAGCUUGUCUGAAUGCAUGGGUAUCAAGGACAGCAAGGCAUAAACCAAGGUUAUUUUUCUACUUGUUAACCAUGUUAUAGUAUUAGCAAAUAUGGAUAAAGUUGAGAAAGUAAACUCAACAGGUUGUAGCUGUAACAAAGUGAAAAAAGAUGGAGUUAAAUUAGGAGGUGAAAAACAAGUUUAAAACAGCAACAUUUCAGUUAAAUGAAAAUAGCAAUGUAAUCUAAAAUAAGAUUGGUGGCAUGUAAUUAUAUUUUAUUUUGAUUGGAUUGUUAUUUUUGAAAAACUCUUGAAUAUACAGGGAAGAUUACAGAAGGCUGUGACUUUACUUUUCUGCUGGGUUCAAUUCUCAAAAAUGUUCAGCAUUCAACUUUGAGUUCAAAUGUGACCCUUUUUAUGGAAAGGGAAAGUUGUGAGCAAUUACAAAACUACUGUGCACUUCAACUAUUAUUCAACCAACAGCUUUGUGCACUUUAUAAAUAUACUCCAUGAUUACACUUUGAUGUUGAUAGUGAAAUUUAGGGAACAGUGCAAAAUGAUUUUAGCUUCCUAAACUGUUCCCAUUUUUUUUGCUUUUUUAUAACCCACUUCGAAUUUCCCUUUCUCAAGAAUACCUGGACCUUGAGUCUGAAAUAAAAGCAUUUAAAUCAAUAAAUACAUAUGCCUCCCCGUAUGUCCAUGCUAGGAUGGAUGAAAUGGAUAUUUCCUACAAUUAUAAGAAAUGUGUUUCCUUUUUUAACACUAACUCGGUCCAUUCUGCUCCUUCCCUGCCGUCUCAAACCUCCUGAAGACUUGGAUCUUUAAACUCUUACACAUCAUAGUCAGUUCUGUCACAAUAGGCAGUUCAAAUAGUUAGAUGUAUCUGGGUGAUUUGUAUCAGCCCCAUUACAGUAUUAUUGAAUGUGUGGCACAAAUGUCCUACUUUGUGCAUAAUUUAAACUAAUUUUCAUGUCAACCUCUCCGGGCUACUGUUUCCAUGAGGCACAUAAUUACCAAACAUUCUUCACAGCUCAAAUUUUUGAUGGAUCAACUGAGCAUCUUAGUUGUUGCAAGUAAGAAAUCAGAAAUGCUUUUGAGGAUACCCAGGCCCCCCUAUCUGUAGAUCAUAUGUAAACUUGUUCACAGGAUCAAACUGAUUGCAGUUGCUGCCCUUAUUCUACAUGGCACAUUGUUGUAGUCACGUAUUACAGGGUUUACUUUGCACCUUGCCUAUGGCACCAGGCUCAUUUUGAUACAAUUGCCCUCUUCAAAAAUGAACUCUAUUAAUUUGUGAAUUACUUAUUGGUUUUCACAGGUAAAACAAGUUUUAAGUAAUCUUUGUGGGCAGAAGCUUGCAAUUGAAAACAUACAUCUUCCAGUAAGUGCCUCCUUUGCUCACUUGACAGUGCGCCUAGUUCAACCUCUGCAUUCAUACACUGUAAUCUUUUACCCAUCGACCAUGAUGAUUGUCAGUUUGUUAACUGGCAGUUGUUUCCUUUCUUGUUUGGAUCAUUUCUUGCAGUCCAAGUAGAUUUAUGUAAAUAAUUCCUCAUAGAAAUAGACAUGGUAUUUGGUGGCAGGAAUCCAUUUAAAACCUUUGAUCCAUUUUAAUGAGCAAAGUGGGGACAACUGUACAGACUUUACAUCUUGUCUGUGCCCUAUCUGAUCACAAAUCCACAGUAGGAAAACUUGGACCAGGUUAAUUGCUCAAGCUACUAUUUUAUUGACUCCUAAGCACUUCAGGAUAUGCUGAGAUUGUGAAGGACUAUCUCCAAUGUCUUGCUUUGAGAUCUACAGCUCAGUGGUUAGAAGGUAGAAUUCCUAUUUCUCAAAAGGUGGGUUUAAAGUUUUUAAACCAAGAAUGUAAUUUAUUUAAGAGACGUCUACUAUCAUUUCUUAGAAUAGGUUUCGGUAUUAUUACUGCCUUGAUUAAUAGUAAUGAGGAAUGACAGUGCAGACCACAAAUGCUAAAUGUUCAAGUUACUGAUAAAAUGAUUACUUUUUAAAUGCAUAAGCAAGUUAUAUCUACAACUAAAUGUUAUGGCUGGGAUUUAAAAAUAAAUAAAUUAAAGCAUUAAUACUUAAUCACUAACUAUUAAUGAUCAUUAAAAUGACCAUUAAUGCUGAGUGAUCAUACGAACACUGAUCUACCCAUGAUCUAUCAGUAUUAAUACAAAAUACACUUGACUAGGAAUUGUGUUCUUUACUCAAACUCAUUGAACUAGUCAUAAGAAACUAGUUUUAAUUCUGUGGUCCCCAAAGUAAAAUUUCUCCAAUAAAGUAGAUAGUGACAAUCAUUUUUAGUACUCUGCCAAUGCAGAUUAUCAAAACAAAUUUUACCUAGCGGAAUGAUUAAAUGUAAUGCUAAACGCUUAUACUUUUUCAUAUAGUUUAAAUUGACUCAUCAUAUUUUGUUCCCUGGUAUAUAUUUAGUUUUAUUUUAGGUGAGAUUUGUACAAAUAAUCGCUGUAACCAUUUCUUUGCUCAUCUAAUUGAGAUGGAUGACAGUAAGAUUACACAAUGACACACCCACAUGGAAAUUUGACAAUUUAUUGGAACAACACGGAGAUUUGGCAUUCAAAACAAAUUCAGAAAAAUCUGACUUGGAGUGUUUGAACCUUGAACCAUUAAAAAAAAUUGCACUAUUUGUCAAUAGAAAAGGUACAGUAUUAUUCUUUUCAUUCUGCCAGAUUUCAAUAGAACUCCUUGUCCUGUGAGCAGUGUGUUGCACUUAACUUUGUAUCCUAUUUCAUUGUCUGGUUAUUUAAAAGACAAACCUGGGUUGCUCCCAGCUAGUAAUUUCUGUGAAAGACUUCAGUUACGUGUAUAACAAACGCAGGUUUUAAUUCAAUAGUUUGCAAGAUAAAUAUGUAUAUACAUAUCCAAAAUGUCAAUGCGACCCACAUCAUGUUCUCGAUCUGAAGGAGUGAUACUUCGUCACUCACCAGCUUGCCAGUGUAAAUGUCAUAUUCUAGGGUCUAUAAAGAUGGUCCAUAUACAUUAAUUAUUGUAAAUAAUUUUUAAAGCACUUUUUAAAAAUAAAUUACUUUUUGUACUCCAGUAUGUUUAAUGUAUAAAACUAGAUCAGUUGCAUACUUAAGAGAAUUAUACAAAGUAUGUAACUACACUGCCCACAGCACAAUACUAUAUGCCCUGUUAGACCUCCUCAUUAACUGGAUUAGACCAGCUUCUCAGUGCAGCUUGAAGCAAAACAGAAAAUGUAUAAAUGUGGCUUCUGUGAAAGUGUCUAGGGGAGCAUCGCUUUUUUUUUCUGUACAGUUUACAAGCAUUACAUGUAAUUUUGCUGCGAGUUACUUCUAAGUAACUUUUUGAGAUACUGUACACUGUAAUAUCAUUACUGUUAAAAUUAAUUUUUAUGCACUGUAUUUAAGUAACUUUUCACAUGUUCCUUUAUCUAGUUUUAAGGAAAUACAGGACAUCUUGAAUCUGUAACUAAACGUAGAUUCUACAAAAACACUAAUUAUAGAUUUAAUAGUAUCUGUUACACUAAUGUAGCAAAACGUGCUUGAAAACAUUUUUCAGUUAAGCUUGUACUAAAAUUCAGCAAUGCCAACUAUGAAUGUGUAUUUACUAAUUUGUUGACAAAUCUACUGCCAUAUUAGUUAAAGUUCAGGUUAUUUUUCACUUAAGGGCACUUGUUAGUGUCAAUGUGAUAUCCAGAGAUUAACUGUAUCUACAUAUGUACAAAAAUAUGCAACAAAAGAAUUGACCUACUGAACUAUCAGCUGUUGAUGUGACUAUAAUAUUGUGGAAUUUAUAAAAGUAGCCAUGUUCUGUUUACACUCAUUUUUAAAAUCACACUCCCCAAUCCAGGAAGUGGUCUUUCAGCACCUUCAAUUGGAAUUGUAGGUCAGCCAGCAGCAGGUAUCUGUAAUGAAGUCUCUUCUCUCUACUUCCACCAUCAGGUGCACAUUUUGGGGGGGAGGGCGCAUGGGUGAUGAAUUAGUAGGGGUGGCUUAUACCAGGUUAUUUUUCCCUCGUUAAUAUAACUGCAAAGAUAGUGCACACAGUGGGUGAGAUGAGAAUUGAAGGAGGUCUUCACAAACCUGGCUGCGAAUGUGACCACAAGCUGAGCACUUGAAUUUAAACAGGAUAUGUUGAAAAUCAAAGAUCAAAACCACAGAACUGUAAGCCAACCACCUGACACUACAGGGACAAGAUCAGUGUUAAUCAUGCAGCGCGUGAUGGCACAUUAGGAGUAAAGUGCCCUUCUAUAUAUUCUGUCCCAGGAAAGUGACUGGAAAUAAAAGGAAAAGGGAAACGUAAAAAAUAUUGGUUUAACUGUAUUCUGUGCUUGUGUAUCCUGUCCUUUGUUCCAUGUCCAUACAUAUGCUUCCAUAUGUAUAUAAUUUGUAGUUAAUGGUCUGGAUUAGUGCCUUUUGACAGUAGACUGUUAUAGAACCCAAUUUAUAGUUUUUGUAUAUUUUCAUUAAUUGAAAUUUUGGUUAGCUCAAAUUUUCUUUACCCCAAUAAAGCAAUAAGUAUGUUCA